AGGUCCCCGGCUGCCGGCUUCAUUCAGUUUGCUCGGAAGGUCGGAUGAAUCAUGAAGCUUCGGGAGGCCUUGCUUGCCGUGUUUUGGAGCGGUCUGAUCUGCUCCCACGCUUCUGAGGGUGGAAGUCUAGGAAGAGGAUUUGGAGAUCAUAUUCACUGGACUACUCUUGAUGAUGGUAAAAAAGUAGCCGAAGCCAGUGGUCUGCCACUGAUGUUGAUCAUACAUAAAAGCUGGUGUGGUGCUUGUACAGCUCUGAAACCAAAGUUUGCCUCUUCUCAGGAGAUCUCAGAACUGGCACAUAACUUUGUCAUGGUGAAUGUAGAGGAUGACGAGGAGCCAAAGGAUUUGGCAUUUAGCCCAGAUGGAGGUUAUGUACCUCGGAUUUUAUUCUUGGAUGCUCGAGGUAAUGUUCAUCCUGAGGUCAUUAAUCAAAAGGGAAAUCCCAAAUACAAGUAUUUCUACAGUUCUGCUGACCAAGUGGUAUUUGCUAUGAAGGAAGCCCAAGAAAAGCUGACUGGUGACAUAGCUACACAACAACGAUACACAGAUGAAUUUUGAGCUCAUUAUCCACUGACUUCUGUACAUUGUCGGACAAGAAAGAUCGUUAAAUUUAUCCAAGAUCAUUUACUGAUUUAUCAUUGUGAUAUUAUUUGAAGGUUAUUUUUAAUUUUUAUUUACUGAUUUUCAAAAUCAGUAAAUCUAGAAAGAUAUUCUUACAUUUUCAGAUCCUUGGGAGAUCAUAACUAUUUUAAGGACUUGUGGGAUGGCCGAUUGUAUUCAUGUUAAUGGUAAUACGUUAAUGCAUUUACAUUAAUACAAAUCCUAAGUAACUUUUGCAGAGAUGGAAGUUUUUCAGCUGUUAAGAAAAAUUGGUGCCUAAAACUUAUUGUUUAGUGCAAUAACUGUUACAAACUGCAUAUGUGACAUGAUGUAUUUUCCAUGGAUCCAAAUUGCAUUUUCCCCUAGGCUAUAGGUGAAGCCUUGUUGAACUUACAACAGUCUUUUCCUAGGCUACUUAAAUAUAGAGUAUUUCCCUCGACUGACUUUGCUCAAACUCAUUUGGUGACAUUUUGAGCUCUCAGUUGAUACUUGGAGGUUAAUACUGAAUUAUGUAUUUAGAAACAUUAAUUUAGUUAACAAAAGAGGGUUGAUUUUCAAUUCCAGCAGCAAGUCUGGUAUCAUAGAGUUCUGACUUGAGCCACGUUGUUUUAAGUUAGAAUUACUCAAUGGCUUUUCAUGAAAUUCCAUUCUCCCCUGUUCCAUAGAUGGUCUAAUUAUAUAUUUGCUGAACUAUGGUGUUAGCCCGGGAAUUUGGCUGCACACAUUAGAGCUUCUGGUUUUUGGAAUCAUGGAAGUUUUGGUUUAACACCCCUGCAGAGUGGAAACCUGAUGAACACACAGUGGAAAAAGGUGAAUUCAUGAUGUCUGCAGCACUAAGAGAAGGGGAAAAUUAAGCCUGAUUAAGCUUAAAUGAAAACAAGACUUGGGAUGUAUCUGUAUUAUUCCUGGUGGCCAGCCUUUUAAUUCCAAUCUCCAUUUCCAUCCCGACAUUCUGUGGCGUCUAGUGCCAUGAUGAGGCCAGUGGAGGAGCAACACCUCAUUGAUUUCUCUAACUUCCGUUAAUGCCCCUCCUCCCCUUCUUACCCCAUCCCUAAUUUAUUAUUUAUUUGUUUGUUUUUUAAUGUUUUUCUCUCUUUCCCUCUCACAAUAACUCCUUGCCUGUUCUCCAUCUUCCUCUGGUGCUCCCCUCCCCCUUUCUUUCUUCCAAGGCCUUCCGUCCCAUGAUACUCCUCCUUCUCCAGCCGUGUAUCCCUUUUGCCAAUCAACUUUCCAGCUCUUGGCUUCAUCCUUCCCCCUCCUGUCUUCUCCUAUCACUUCGGGUCUUCCCCUCCCACUUUCAAAUCUCUUACUGCCUCUUCUUGCAGUUAGUCCUGACGAAAGGUCUCAACCUGAAAUAUCGACUGUACUUCUUCCUAUAGAUGCUCCCUGGCCUGCUGCGUUCUACCGGCAUUUUGCGUGUGUUACUUCAUAUUCCAUCUUGGUAGCCUCCAACCUGAUGGCAUAAACAUCAAUUUCUCCUUUCGGUAUUUUUUUCUUUUCCCUUCCCUCUUCCCUCUUUUUCUGUUCCCCACUCUGGCCUAUUAAUUUUUCUCCUUACCUGCCUAUCACCUCCCCCUGGUGUUCCACCUUCUUUCAUUUCUCCCAUGGUCCACACUUUUGUCCUCUCGGAUUCCUUUUUCUCUAGCCUUUUACUUUUCCAAAUACCUGGCUUCACCUAUCACCGACAGGUUUGCCUUCCCUCCACUCCUCCCACCUAUUCUCGCGUUUUCCCCCUUCUUUUCCAGUCCUGAUGAAGGGUCUUGGCUGAAACAGAGAUUGUUAUUUAUUCUCAAAGGAUGCUGCGUGACCUGCUGAGUUCCUCCAGUAUUUUGUGUGUGUUGCUCUGUAAUAAUUUGUAAUUUUUCAAAUGGGUUAGAACAUUUCACAAAAUAUUGCUAUAUUGUGCCCUAUUAUUUUGCAGCUUAAAUAUCUGUCACAAAGAUCAUGUCAAAUUAUAAUAACAACUGGAAACCUCUGAAUAUUAGUAUUUCUGAAUUCAAAUGAUUUUAAGUCUUAAUGAAGUGUUAAUCCUAAAUAGCUUGGGAGCUCUAUGAAAAUAAUAGCUUUAAUAUGCUUCUACUGAUUUGGAUGCUAAUCAUAAAUAUGUGGGAUAAGUUUCAGCCACUUGUUUUGCAUACUUGAGGUGGUAAAAAUUUCCAAGAGCUGUUUCUUAGCGCCAAUAUAUUUAUAAAGAAUAUUUUCAGUCUUUUAUUGUUUUGGCUUAAUAGAGUCAUAUGGGACCAUGUAAGAAUAUUCUUUUCUCCUGUAUAUCUCAUUUAUUAACAGAACAUAUAACCCUGGUGUAUGUGUCAGAUUGGAAAUGGUCUAUGAUGGGAAUUUACAAGAAUCAAAUCAAAAAAACCAAUGUAAUUUCUGUACUUUUAAACUAUUAAUAUCCUGUCUCUAAAGCAAAUCAGACCGGUAAAACCUAGGUUUUAUUUCUGUUGUUGAAAUGUAUGGACGGAAUCUUUUGAAGAUAUAAUGAAGUGGGGUGCAGUGUAAUUGUACUUGUAUUUUAUCCUGUAUUUUUGAUACAUUUUUUGGAAUGAAAUAUAUAAAGCUGAAAGAAUUGUGCAGUGUAUACAU